AUGAAGUUUAGCGCUAUCUUUGCUGGCCUCAGCCUCAGCCUCAUCACGGCCUCAGCAUUCCACAUCCCCGAAGGGACCCCCGAUGGCGUCUACUCCGUCAGGACCUACCCAAACGGCACCGAAGUGCACACUCGCCUCUCCGGGCCCGCGCCUGUCACUCGCCGUAACGCUCACCAGAAGCGCAUAACAAUCGACUCAACAGCAUGCUAUCCCUCCGAAGGCACCGAAGAACUCGACAACGCCAGCACCGACGCCGCGAACGCCGCCUUGCAAGCCCAGUGCGGCGACGGCGCAGAGAUUGACGGCUACGACGACAUCUAUUCCAUCAGUGCAUGCGUCGUCGCAUACGCGUGCAAUUUUUCGGCGCCCGAUGAGGCUCCCUAUGCGCCAUAUCCGGUCUUCUGUUACCGGUCUGACAGUAUUGCUGCGAACCAAGCCAUCACCCAGGCUUGUGGUGCGUAUAAGCCUGGAUCGGUGCUUGAUGGUCCGAACGAUUAUCUGAUUUCCUAUGGGUAUGAGAGUUAUUGUACCGCUAAGGGGCAUAACUUUUGUGGAAGAGGGGCUUAG